ACCUGUGUACUCCCACUCAGUAAGGGGAGAAGACUAGCUGUACGGCGGAGAGGGUCUUUCUCAACUUACAGAAGCGCUAUAAGGUGCCAAGAUGGCGGGUCGCCUUGUCUUGAUGCUUGUGGGGAUAGUGGUGGCUGCGGCCCCGUUCGUCACAGGAACUGAUCUGAGUGCUAGUGGUGCCCACGUGUGCUCCCGCCAGGAGGGGUACCAGCAGCCCUACACCGUAUCGGAGCGUGCGUCCAGGACACAGGUCUACUACAGCAGCUGCUGGGUGUUCUUUCAGUGUACCAGAACAAGGACAGUGUACUAUACCCGGUACAAACAGCAGCAGCGCACGGUGUACAGGACUGUGUACGAGUGCUGUACCGGCUGGCAGCAGUCAGGCAACUCCUGCCCAACACCGAUCUGCUCCAGCGCGUGUCAGAACGGCGGGGCCUGCACUGCUCCUGGCGUCUGUACCUGUACUGCAGGUUUCACGGGGAGCCGCUGUCAGACAGACAAGGACGAGUGCUCCAGUGGAAACGGAGGCUGUGACCAAACCUGUACCAACACCAGGGGAAGUUACACCUGUUCCUGUCGACAAGGCUUCGUGCUGGACAGCGAUGGGCGAGGGUGUUCGGACCAUGACGAGUGUGCGGCUAAUGACCACGGGUGCCAGCAGCAGUGUCAGAACUCUCACGGCGGCUACAGCUGCGGCUGUGAGGACGGCUAUGAGCUGGCCAGUAACGGGAAGAACUGUAACGAUAUCGAUGAAUGUGCCAGUAACCCGUGUAGUCAGACCUGUACCCAGAAUGCACCGGGGCACGGGUACCAGUGUUCCUGUGGGGACGGCUACAUCCUGGGGGACGACGGGACAUCCUGCGAACCCCAAUGCCCACAGGGCUGUGCUAACGGCGGACGCUGCGCCAGCCCGGGCGUGUGUGACUGUGUGGACGGGUUCGCUGGAGAUGCCUGCCAAGAGCCUGUGUGCGCCCCUCCAUGUGAGAAUGGCGGAGUCUGCGAUGCCCCGGAUGUCUGCUUCUGUCAGCCCGGCUUCAACGGAGAUCGGUGUGAGAAUGAUAUUGACGAAUGUGCGGUCGGCAAUGGUGGAUGCGCACACGAAUGUGUCAACGAACUGGGCUCCUACCAUUGUGAAUGCCGGGACGGCUGGGUCCUGGACGGCAACGGCAGAGGCUGCUCAGAUCAUGACGAAUGUGCAACCAACAGCCACGGCUGUGACUUGUGUGAGAACAUGGCGGGAAGCUACAGGUGUUACUGUGAGGAUGGAUACCUGUUGGCCGACGAUGGCAAGAAGUGUGUUGAUAUCAAUGAGUGCGAAGGCGACAAUGGUUGUGAAGAGAUCUGUAUGAACACCAACGGUAGCUACGCAUGCGCGUGUCUGCCUGGGUUCUAUCUGGAUGGAAACGGUUUCAACUGUCUCGACCAUGACGAGUGCGCGACCCACGACCACGGGUGCCAGCACCAGUGUGUGAACGCCCGCGGGUUUUACAGCUGUGAGUGUCACGAUGGCUUCCUGCUCCAGGACGACCUCAGGUCUUGUGUUGACAUUGACGAGUGCGCUGCAGAGGAGCCCCCGUGUGAGCAGAUCUGUGAGAACUCGGAGGGAGGGUACCAGUGUCUGUGUGAGGAAGGGUACCAGUUGAACCCUGAAGAGCCUGGAGGACUGUGCGAACCUGUCUGUGAUCCCCCUUGCGCCGCGGGAGGGAAUUGCGCCGCUCCCGAUACGUGCAAAUGCUCUCCAGGUUUCGCCGGGACCUACUGCGAAAUCGACAUCAAGGCAAGGCUUCGUCAAUCUGGAGACCACUGGACCAAGAACUCCACCGGCUGCCAGUGUUACUAUGACUACUCCCGGUUUGACUGUCCUUGCUGCGUGCCUGGUGGCUGCCAGUGCACCAAUGAGCACCCUGACCAAUGCGUGCAGUGUGGGUACGGGCACACAUGUGGACUUCUGGACUUAACUGGGGUUGACGCCUGGACACUGAAGGAGACCGGAUGUCAGUGUCCCAGAGACAACAACAUCAACCUGACCUGUCCCUGCUGCCAGAACCGGGGCUGCCCCUGCACCAGCGUGCCCGGCCGCUGUACACAGUGUGGACGGGAGGCCUUCUGUGAGGGAGAUGGCCCCGAAUAGGACUGCUAGGACUGAACACCCAGGACCUUUGGAUCAUAUGAACGUCGUGACAUCAGACUGGUGACCUUGAAGUAGAAUAGCUUUACCCUAACCAAGAACAGUGUGAUUAUUGCGUGCACAGAAAGUACGACCCUUCACGUGUCAGGAACGUUUCGCAAUAUAUAUUUUUGCAAUGAAUAUAGUAAUUCUUCUAGUGUAUCUACAUCUGUACAUAGAUACAGAUUAUCUUUAGUGUUGGAUUCUUUAAAAGUCAUGGACAGACAUUUGUGUGUUGUCAUUCACAAGUUUGGGAAUUCUAGAUGAAAUUGCAGUAACUUAGUACUAUGAUAAUUCUGUUUCCCACUCGUUCUAAUCUAUUUUCAAUCUUAUUGUUCAACUUACUAACAUUGUCUCUGAAAUUCUUUGACAUUAACCAUCUUUCAGUAGCAACUAAAGGGGGGCAUACAUUUUGUUACUUCAUUAUAUUUUUUUCAUUCUGACCAUGUCAAACUGGUUUCUACCAUGUAUCUUAACUGAACUCUGAGUUUCUAUCUGGGUAUUGUGCAAGAAGUUUAUCAUUAUAUCGAGUUACUACCAUAGCCAAGAAGUUAUAUCAUUGAUAUCGUCUUAAAGCUAUAUAACAUGAUCAUAGACAGAAUAUAUUUUCCUCUGCAUUCGGUAUUCUACAAAUUUUGGACAGAAUUCUGUCAGAAAACUAUGAUAGUUUGACAGUUUGAAAACUUUUAGCACUGACUUUGUAACAGUAAAUUUUUAAUAACAUUCUGAGCUGAUCGAGAAAAGUUAUCAGUAAAUGAACAUCCGAAUUUUUUACCAAAAAUAUGAAAGAAGUUGAUUGAAAAAUUUGGGGGUCAUGUUCUACAGCUUUAAGUAUUGCACGUGUGUUAUAAAAUGGAGGGUGGCCUUGCUGCACCUUGUAUGUACUUCAUGUUGUAUAACGCUAUCUAAUGUAGACAAAAUCUAUUUUCACUUCGUAAGAAACUUAUGACCAUGCAAGAGUGUUCUACAAAAUAAAACGUAUUUUCAUAUUGAUUUUUGAAUAUAUUUUGAUACCAUAAACAUUAAUUAAGCUAAUUAAUUGAUUGAUUGAUCAAUUGAUUGAAUAAUUGGCCAGUAAAAGUGUAAAAGCGCCAUAGUCUUUGAGGCAUAUAGGCACUGGGACUUUAUACACCGUGUCUACAACACGUCAAUGAUUGAUAGAAUGGUAUGUCAAAUAUUCUUGUGAUUUUCUGGACUUGCAUGGCCAGGGUAACCCGCUUCGCUUUAAUAAACAUAUUGAUCUCCUUCA